AUGUCUCCAUCCAGACAUGCUUCUUUUCUUACUCCAGAAGAGCUUCUGCAGGCUAUAGCCAAGCUCUCCCAAUUUAUCUCUCAAUCAAAUGCACGAUUCAGUAUUAGCGGUGGUGCAGCAAGUACUAUCAUCCGUAUGCAGCUUGGCCUCCCGCAGCGCACGACCGAGGAUAUCGAUCUCGUCAUUCAGCCGAGCGGCAGCAUCACCGCCGACAGCAUUUCGACAUGGCUCUUGGAAAACUUUCCAACCGAGUUUGUUGCAAAGACACAAUAUGGUGUCACUACUCCGGCCAUUACCUUUAAAAGGCACGAUAGAUCUGUCAAGCAUGUUAAGAUUGAGAUGUUUGACUAUCACGCCUGGCCCAACAGGCCGCAGUACAAUCUUGAUGAUCCAGACAACGAUUGCACUGUAAUCACCAUCAACGGGGUAGAGGUACCCGUGUUCAGCGCCCGCUGGCUCCUUCGAGAGAAGAUAAGAACCGCUUUUGAGCGCAAGGGCAGCAGAAAGGAACGAAGCGACCUCGACGACGUUUCCAUUCUACUACAAGCUGUCGAAGCAAAUAGUGUCGAUCUCUCGGGCAGUGAACAAGCGGUUCAACACCUGAUUGAGUGUCGACCGCGUGUGUCCGAGAUACUGGGGCUAAAAGUCAUCUGUCCGGUGGUUCUUGGAGAUCCUUGGAACUGGAAUGACUCGGCCGAGGUUUUUUGGGGGUUCAAGGGGGACAGGCUGAAGUAUUUGGACGCUAAUGUUAAAAGUCAUAGCUUCAAAUGGGACGAUGCAAGCCAGGUUUGGUACUUUCCUGACCCUAAUGGCAGGAUGUGGUAUUAUGAUCCGCAAGCAGGGGACUUGAUACUAUGGACGUGA